UAUCACGCAACGCUCAAUAAACAUUAAGCUCAAAAGUCUUAGCUAACCAUUCAAACCUCAAUUUUCAAUCUCGUCAAUUCACUUUGCCGCUUUAAACACUCAGGUACUUGAAAACUCUAGAUUUUUGUAUUGAAUCUAGCAAGUUGUUGAAUUGUGAUUCGUGGAUUAGGCGGUGAGGAUGUCGACGCCGGCUAGGAAACGAUUGAUGAGGGAUUUUAAGCGGUUACAGCAGGAUCCUCCUGCGGGUAUCAGUGGUGCUCCUUAUGACAACAAUAUAAUGCUUUGGAAUGCUGUUAUAUUCGGUCCUGAUGACACACCUUGGGAUGGAGGUACGUUUAAGCUGACACUACAAUUUUCGGAGGAUUACCCCAACAAGCCUCCAACGGUGCGGUUUGUUUCCAGGAUGUUCCAUCCAAAUAUUUAUGCCGACGGAAGUAUUUGCUUGGACAUACUGCAAAAUCAGUGGAGUCCUAUAUAUGACGUCGCUGCUAUACUUACUUCAAUCCAGUCUUUGCUCUGUGAUCCAAACCCAAACUCACCAGCUAAUUCAGAAGCAGCGCGCAUGUUUAGUGAGAACAAGCGCGAAUACAACAGGAAGGUGCGUGAGAUUGUUGAGCAGAGCUGGACAGCUGACUAACAUCUCUCUGAAUCUGCUUCGGGAGAUUUUCCUGGUAGGAAUGCCCACCGUCAAGCUGCAAUGUUCUCAGUGUUGUUGCUACAUUAAUAAUAAAUGUAGCAUGAAAUUGUCCUUUUAUGUGCUGUUUAGGAACUGUGAUCGCCUUUAUCUUCAUGUUCUGUUACUCGACUAUGAGACAGUGUACAUAUGAUCACUUGUAUUCAAUUUGUAUGAAACUCUUUUCUGUUUGUCAUCGUGAGACUUUCUACGAAAAAUGGAUAAAUAUCUGAUAUUUUUGUCAACCAA